AUGCAAAGCGACGCUCAGAACAACUUCGGCGACAUGCAGCAGUACGCCGCUAUGGAGAAGAACGGUUAUCAGAACCAGAGUUCCGACGCUAGCGUCUCUCAGCAGCAGCUACACCACAACGACUACCAGCCUAGCUUCAACGCCAAUCUUCCCCCCGCUCCGGCUAUGCAUGCCGCUGGGGAUGCGUUCCCGACCAGCUUCGGUGGUUACCAGCCCUACAACACCACCACUCCCGCCACGCCCGGCGACUUUGUCGGUGACGCGUUUGCGACCGAGUACUUCAGUCGCCACCAGCCGCAGAGCUCCAUCCCGCAGGGUGUAUACGCGUACGAUGGUCGCUUCGUGAACAACUUCGGCGAGUUGCCCAUGUUAGGCGAAUCGGUCGAUGGGUACCGCGCUUGGCCUGGCUGUGGAGAAGACGCGUCAGUACACAUGCAGACGCAGGCAGAGAUGCAGAUGCAGGCGCAAUGGCGCGCGCAGAUGCAACCGCAAGUGCAGAUGCAGGUUCAGGACCAGCUGCAGGCGCAGGCUCAGUACCUGGCGCAGGCGUACCCCUCACCCGACUCCGACUUCGCGCCCAACCAUCCCGCCCCGGCUGCGCCUUUCGCAGUACCGGAUCGCCCGCCAGCGCCCGCGCCCGCAUCCCCGGAGGACGAUUUCAACACGAAGAUUCAGUUGGACGACGCCGCCUUUGCCCAAUUCCUCACGGAGUGGCCUCUCGAGCAAACCGUCAACGACUACCACCACCGCAACGGACUCUACCAGGACAUGCUAUCCUCAGCAGCAAACACCAGCGUUUUCCCUGCCAACGACCUUGCGUUGUUCCCCGUGAACUUCGCGUCAGCUAAGGCCGCACAGGACGCAACGCUAAACCGCACGUCCGACUACGGUUGGAAUGUGCAGGGUUGGGUCCCUACGGGGACCCAAUCAACGCUUAACUUGGAACAAGCUGGGUGGCCCGUGCAGGACUACCUGCCGGAGCCGACUCAGCAGCUCGACUGCCAAGCUGAGGCAGUUGGGCCGUCGCAGGAGAUCGGUCAACCCAUGGCCAUCACCUCGGCGAAAGAAGAAGCGGCUACGCCUGAGCCGCUCUUCGCAACGGCGCCCGUCGCAAAACCCCGCUCGCACCGCGCCGGAUCUUCCGUAAGGACUCUGAGGGCCAGCGGCGAGCUUGUCAUCGUUGACAUCAAGGACGCCAGGGACGCAAAGAAGCGCUUCGGACGUGGCGUGACGCCGGUCGUACUCUACGCACAGGCCGUACGCCCCGAGGUUAGUUACCAGCCCCGGAUGGGGAGCUCGGACGCGCCUGUCAUCUGUCCCGUCGAUGGCUGCCGCCGUCUCUACACCAGCAAUCUUAGGGCGGUCGAACGGCACCUCUGGUGUUCGAAGGAUGCUGCUCACAUUGCGUACGUCAAAAGCGACUUGUUUGCAAAGAUCAAGCACUACUCGGGCGAGGCGUGGGGCAAGGCGAAGCGUGGGUGCAAGUUUUGUGGCUGGGAGACUCAGUCAGGUCGUGGGGACUCAUUGAAAAGACACGAAAUGGGACAUAUGAAGGGCCGCCCUGGUCUCGCGAAGCCGAAGCGGAAAGUCAAGAAGGAGAGCGGUUUGGCUUGGGUGGUGAAUGAUAUCCGCGCGGUGAUGUAG